AUGAUCGAUAAUAGCAGCAUCCAAGACGCAAAACAAUGCACCAUAAAUGGUCAUACACAGCAUCAACAACAACUACCCACUGCAUACGUCUCGCCACCUUCCAAUGCAAUCGUUUUCCAUCCUCGCAAUCAAGCUGAAUCAGACGCCUCCUUUAGCCGGUAUCUGGAACAACAAUUCAGUCCAUACUCUGCUGUAUUUCAAGAUCGCUUGUCAUUACCACCUACAUCGACCAUGCAAGAGCAUACAACGAUCACCAAUACACUCGAUGUCGAAAAGCAACAAGAGCCAGGGCCGUGGUGGGUUGCUGACUGGGAUGAAGAUGGAUUCUACUCAAUAGGAGCGCUUCUCUUUUUGUUUGGAUUUAUCCUGCCGCCGCUGUGGUGGAUUGGUGCAUGCUUUCCAAGGCAUCCUCGUGAACAAGCAGGCAAAAUGGCCGAACGAUGGCAGCGUCUUAACAUGGCCAUGUCGAUAGGCUUCAGUGUAUUGUUGAUCAUUGCAAUCAUCGUUACUGCUGCUAUUUACGGUAGUCGAUAUUAG